UUUUGUCAACCUUCUGCAUUAUUAAUUAUCAGAAUGCGUUUAUACUUUGUGAGACGAGCAUUCGCGUCGCAGUAAUUAGCAUUGUCCUUAGGGUGGGUCCCCUUGUUCUCUAAAAUUCUUUUGACGGCUUUCGAAAAUUCGAGGAUUUUCAUAUUAAGAAAUUUGAAAAUUUGGGAAUCGGGUUCUUAGGAAAGAAACUUGGGGAUUUAAGGAUGUAGAGAUUUGCAGAAAUUUGGAAAUUUCUGAUUGGCUGUAAGAAAGAGAACGUCGUGCCAGACCCUUCCUGAUCCCUACGUUACGUCAACGAAUAUUCGUUCCUCCAUCUCUGAAGUGCAACUUUCAUCAGAAAUAUUCAAAGUUAAUUUGAAUCUAAUUUUCCGAAAGGAAAGGAAAGCUCGAAUGCCUAAUUGAACAAUGCAAUAUUCAAACACGUGUUUAAUUUUGCAGUAAAUAGCUUUUUCACUUAGACAAGAUUAAUGAUAUUUUUCUCAUUCGUUGUAUAAAUUCCAUUAGCCUUUAUUGCCUUCGGAGAGAGAUAAUAAUCUCGUGCAAACUCGUUUUCAUCUUGGAUAACCAUGGAACUCGAAACGUAGAAAAAUGGCGAACGUUGAGCGGUAUCGAUACCGCGAGAUCGAUAAAAAUCGCGUGCAUCCGGGUUUAAGAAUAUUUUAAAACAAUCGGGUGUGCGUAUGACCGGAUAGGAAAUAAAGAAGGAACGCAUUCACGAAGUGAAUCAGUGUCAGAUACGCUACAACUGACGUGAUGUUAUUAGUACAUACCGAUGAGACAAUGGCGCGUGUUAAAUUAUUCAUGAGGUCAUUGUUGCAUCGUAACGCGGAUUCAAACGUCGAGCAGUUUCAGCUAUGAUGAAACCAUUGCGUUUAACCCUUUGAAACUCGAUCGAAAUUUACCGGUAAUUUCCAUAUUGCCAAUUUUACUCGCGGAUCCUUUUACGCGUUGCUCGGAAAGUUUAUUCGCGUUAAAAUUGCGGCCGCUUCGUGCCCCGUCGUAAAAGUAUCUCGUGAGAAGAAUUUCGUAAUGGAGUUAUUUCUAGAAGAACCAUAAGGAAAUUACAUAUCGUACAUGCUCCAACUACCUUUCUCUCAUCAUUCCCCCUACUCUCGUUUCUUCUUUUUAUCUUCGCAAGAUGGUUGUCCACAGACAAACGGAUCUCUCUCGUUUAACCGUGAAGAAAAACGGGAACAACCUUCGAUAUUCAAUAGAAUCAUCAUUUCUAAUUGUGCCAGCUACACAUCUUGCUAGGAUGAUUAACUCCUUUGUCACCUGCCUGGCACCGAAGCUGUAAAUAAAUAUUUAUUAGUACCGGAGUUUAUCUAUAUCCGGCGAUGUCGACUCAAUUUACUAGUUAAAAGACUCGACUUAUCUCUGGAAGAUAAGUCCGAACAUUCUUGUCAAAGUAUCAUCCUUGUCUGAUUUCACACGCGUUAAUUCGACGUGACCAAUCGAAGGAAACCGGUUCAGUUUCAGUCGGACUGUUGUUUUCUUUUUUAUAGCAGAAACGAGAAAAUCGACGACAGGAAUAAAUUGACUAUCAUGAAUCAGCCGAUCCUCGUAAUUUUAUCAUCGUCGAAGUGGCGUUACGCGAUUCGAGUGGACGGUACAAGGAGACUGGUUAGCAGAGGUAGUGGGAGACGGUUACGUGUCCUAGUUUCACAGGCCAUGGUGGACCACCGCGAUGCAUCUUUGUCCGAUGCCUCGAAGCUAGUGGCCGGUGUAUGUCGAAAGAGUUGCGUCAGUCGGGAAGAAAAAUCUGCGAACCGAACCGGUUGUAACAACGAGUCAAUCCGUUCGGGAGAAAAAAUGUCAAGAUAUCGCCGUCCGGAUCGAAUCGCAUUACGUUCAGCGACAGACGUACCCCGGAUACCUAUCUUGACCCUGGCACGCGGAGAAAGGAGCAGAGAUACGAGAGAGCUGAGGUACAAAGAGAUCGCGGCUGGCGAAGACUGGAGGGACUAGAAAGAUAUGAGAAAAAGAUAAGAGAUAUAGCGGCAAAAGGAAGAAAAAAAAGGUAAAAAAGAGGAAUGAAAGGUAGAGAGCUGACAGCAAAGGAGAAACGGGAGAACAAAGAGACGCGAACGAGACAGAGAAGCAGAAACUGGCAAAAUGUAAGAGCUAGGAAAAUACAAGAACGUGUGCGCGACUAUGGAGAAGCGGGAUGAUGAUGAGGUCGACUGAAUGCCGUUAGACCGUAUCACGAUGCAGCCACGUAGCCUCGUGUGAAACAUCAUCGCCCGCUAGGAAAAAGAUGAAGCAAGCGAAAGGCGUAAAAUUGACACAACGCGAAACGGUGUGGCUGGAAGAAAAGAGUACGUUGCAACGCGGCUUCCAAGGAACCUGGACAUCGAGCGGUACUCGAGAGGAAUCCCGAAGCAUCGUAGAUACAAAAUCGUGCGACGCUCGGCACAAUAACUUCCGGUGAGAGGGGGAGUUAAAUACGAUACAUGGCUUGACACAAUUUCAAACGCGUACGCGUCCCGAUCGUUCGCCGCAGAUUCUGCAGUUUAUUACAAAUCGAAGACACGAGAUCUGUGUCCAGUUUCUUUCCUCUCUUAGGUAUCGUUCCGAUUAUCGUGCCAGCUCCGCACUUAUUCUCGCUCGCCUGCACCGCAACCGGGGAGUACAGGAUUAACAAGGACACGUGUUCUUCUUUGUUUUUACGAUUUUCCUCGAACGAAUCAAGGAGCGAACGUGGUUCAAUUAACGCGAUUACUAUCGCCUAGGAGUACAGCACGGUAGCCGGUAACGGACGCAUUAAAAUUUUAAUUCGACCAGACAAGCCGGAUAGCUCUUUUCUUUUUCGAGAUUCUAACUAACCUCGCGGAAAAAUCGACCAACGACUCGGCUCGCCUAAGUGGUCGUUGAAAAAGAAACGGAAAAGAGAGGAGAGAAUCAAGAAGGGUGGACCUUUCGAGGACGAGACGAAAGCAACGAGGAGAAUAUUCAUGAAAAACACUGGGAACCCGUAACUUUCAAAGGAUUUCACCCUUUAUCAUUUAAAGCAGGGAGAAGGCAACACGCGAGGAGGAAACCCAGCCUCGUGUUUUCGCUCUUACAUGCAAAUAAAGCGUUUUGAAACGGUGUCCGGUAGUCGAGGCGAAAAACUUUCGAACACCUAUGCCGGCGUGUUUAAUUGAUAACCGAAAGCGCGGAGAAAAAAGAUACCGUAGGACGAUUUUCUCGUCGAAAGUAACCGGCAGUUCACGGGAAAACAAUCUUCCGCUCGAACAGAGAUAGUCGGGCGCAAAAAUUCAAUUGCGGUACUGAAUCACGACUGCUUGAUAAAGAAUCGUCGAAAAAGGAGAAAGAAAUCUCAUUGAACGCCACCAGGAAAACGGUUUUGUACCCUCGUUUCCUCGAAUCGUUGAAAAAAUAACUGGGUCAGAUCCGCUGGAGGAGAGGCAACGAUUCGAAUUUAUAAUCGAUAGACUGUCGAAUCCGCGAUUCCUCGGAACCAAAGAAAAGCAAUCUUGAUCGAGUCGAGGAGAGCUACAUCGUUCGAUUACUCGUUACGCCGUCGAUAAAAAGGUGAAAGGAAACCACGACAAACAAUAGAUCGUUUCGUUCGGUUCGAUCGAUUCGGCUAAUAGGAAGAGCUUAAGUUUCACGGAAAACGACAAACGAUUGCGACACUCCUUAGAUAAUAUCGAUAAACUUACUUACUUCGAGAACGUCUUAGUAACCUAAUUCGCAACAGAUAUCCAUAAAAACACUUUCAAACAUUAAACAGUUCUACGGGUGGAUUUCGAGCCACACUCCAUCAACGAAUCAGUAAAUAACGCACGAAGCUUGGCAAUAUUCAGGAACUUAUAAAGCACUCGAUCGGGUAAUACUAAAGCUAUAAAGGUGUCGACAGCAAGAUUUAGCAAGGAGUACGAAACUAAACUGCAAGGAUGUCCACACGAAUUUAGAGGAAGGAAGAAAUCCAGAGAAUCGAAUAUAGUUGCGUAUAAACAAGUCCAAGAGUGAGAUUCAGGAUCCAUAACGUACACAAUUACAGUUAGAUUAAACAGAAAUGGUCAGGUGCAGCUAGAGCUAGAUUUAGCCAGGAUCCACAAGGAACGUCAUUAGAUUAAACAGUAGCAGUGACCAGAUAAGCUUGAAUCACCUAUAAAGAUUUCAUGCAAAAUAUUACCAAAUACAAUUAUCUAUAAACUGCACGAAGGUGAAGCUACAGCAAGGUUUAUCAAGGAAUCUAUAAUCAGUGAAUGUAAUUACAUGUAACGAGUAUCCAGAAGUUAUAGCAAGAUUAUCAAGAAAUAAAGAAUAUCUCUGAAUACAAUUAUAUAACCAGUGUCCAAGUUAACAAAUCCAUAGAACACCGCUGACAACUAUAAACCAACGAGGUGAAGUUAAAACGAGAUUUACAGAGAAACAGAAUUAAAUUACAAAUAAACAGAAGUAUAAAUUUGAAGUCAGAUUCCGUGAAGUAUCUACGAAGUACCGCAGUCAGAAUUGUCCAAAUAACAAGGUUGCAAAGUGUAACUAAAGUUCGAGGAAGAAUAAGAAUUCGAGUAGAAACAGUCCGAGUAAAGUUGCAUCGAGGGUCGAUCCAUAAGAGGAUCGAAAAGGCGUAGCAAUCGGUAAACAUAAAUUUUCCACGCUGAUCGUGCAACCGGAGUACGAGUUCGCGGAGAGCAAGGGAUCUCCCUUUUUCUUCAAAACGGUGGGAAGGAAGUCACGAAACACGGCGAACCACUACGGGGUGCACUACACGGGCUCGUACGCGUACAGCAACGGGGCACCGAGCGUGUACAGUGGCUACCCGGCGAACGGUGGCUUCGUGCAGCAGCCUCAUCUCCAUGAAGACUAUCGGCCGAUUUACUUUUACGUAGCGCAACCGUAUACCAUCCCGUAUACGUUCGCGAAGAGGCCGAGACCGUCCUCUUUGUCGAGGCCCGGCAAACAGCCUCGCAACACCAACUGUCGCGUCAAGUUCUCGAAGAGGCUCGCCAACCACGAUUUCUCAGAGAAGGUCAAGCGGGGCGAGUUCUCGAGGAGCUUGAACCAGGUGCACUUCGUCGAGAACCAGGGACAAGUGAUCUCGAACUACCCGAAGGCUGGCUUGCCGCGUGACCCGAGGAUGACGUCGAUGUUUCGAAGGGGUACCAUUUUUGCCACGUACUUUUUGUCGCUGCUCGGCGGAGGGUUGAUCUGUGCUGCCCUAGUAACCCAACACUGGGUCGAGGCACGACCUCUCAGAACACCGAAUCCCCAGGAAAGCGCCGGUCGCGUUCAUUUUGGUCUUCUUCAAGGCAAGAAGGAACUGAACGUCGCCUAUGGAUGGAGGACCUAUCACAUCUCUGUGCCUCAGAUGAUCAAACAAGAUCCUACGGUGAUGUCUUGGGGACUUUGGAUUAGCACCUUAACGACAACCUCGGCGGCGCUUGUCACCGCGGGCUUAGCCGCUCUCCUCGCCGUUUUGAACACAGCCACCUCGCCGAGGUCGAAAAUCCUCUCGGAUCCUGGCGUGUACUUCAUAAACAUCCUGACGCUGCUAAUGUGCCUGGCGAGUACGAGCACCUGGUUGGCACAGUAUUACACGAAGCUGUACUUCAACGUGCUGCCAAAGGAGGACAUCGACAAUAUGUGGACCAGCGAAGGCUCGGCCGAGUUGGGUUAUUCGUUUUGGCUCGUGGUGUGCGCUGGCGUGGUGCAUUUAAUCAGCAUAGCAUUGGUCGGCUGGGGCUUGGGGCGGGACAAGAUCGAACGUCUGGAGACAAUUCCAGCAUUGGAGGAAAAGACAGCAGCGGCAAUAAUGCUGUAUUGAAUCCCAUCGCUGUUGAGACGAAUGUUCAAAGGAAAGAACAGAUCCAUUACAGAAAUGAAACAGCGCUCGGAGAUGGCGCAACAAUGGGAGAAGUCCAUCGAACGCGGAGAGCGAAAUAUUCCCGUCGUUCAACUGUGUAUUCUGUGAAGUUCCUACAUGUUGGCAUUUCUUUUUCCCAAGUGAACAGGACCGACGUUAAAUACUCUUCGAGUUUCGCAGGUUUUUAUGCAUGAGUUGAGUUUGCUGCAUUCGAUUGCGCUUGAUACGCGAGUUCAGUGGAAAUGUGCGAUAACCGAGCGGCUUUUGUGUAAAAUUAUCAUAUUUUCAACGAUGAAUCCAAUUAUUUUGUAAGACGUAUUCCCUCUUAUCGAAAUAGUAUUUAUAUCACGUCGAAUCUUUGUUUAUGGUGUUACUUUUAUUACUAUUUCCUAUGCGCCUAUUUAGUCAUUUGUCUUCAUUAAUCUCUAAAUUAACGUUUACUUAAGAACUUUUUAACGCUUCGUAUGGUUGUGUAAUUAAAGAUUAGAACCGUAAGAAUGUUGUCUUCGUUAAAAAGACUCGUAGCGAUCGAGGGGAUAAAUCGAUUUUGUGGCUUUUUUUGUACGAGUUAGGAUGUAAAUAGAAACGGAGUUUGAUACUCUGUAGUGAUUUAUUUAUUAUGUAGUAUUUUAAUUACGAACUAUAUCAUAAAUGUAAUAAUAAAACAAUUAAAAAGACAAUUACGGAUAAGAUGCGUAGAUCUUCAUUUAUAUCAUAAUAAUGAGGUCGGUUUUCGCGUUCGUCUCAAAACUAAUACACAAGCUAAGAUCGUUGCCUUGAAUGUGUACGUGUUGUGUGUGUGUGUUUAUGAAUGUGGAAGAAUAUUGAUCUUUCAUCGUGGCUCUUCUUUACUCGUUCCAGGAAAAGGUGUAUUGCACGGCACACAGUCCGUUCGUAAAAAAAAA